GUUUAGUGGUACAGUAUCGAGAGGCGAUAACACCCAUUUGAUUACCACGUGUCGAGGUCGAGCGUUCCUUAACUUUAGGGUAGGCCUACUCCUGGCCUGCUUUCAACCUUUUGAAGUUAAUGUCUAAAGAGCAUUUAAAUUUGGAAUUAUUUAUUUACUUUUUGUUGAGUAACAUCUCCGUUGGACACUGUGCGGGGGGGUCAACUCAUUUGACAACUCUGCGGAUGACAUGGCUGCACCGAAUGAGUGAGGUGGGGUGUGAGAGUCAUGCCGGGUGCGGUCUAUGUUGACCAACAUGUGUGUCUAUGGGGCAACCCUUUCCCUGUUGCCCCGGGGGAUCAGUUGCCACAAAAAUUUUGGCAUGGGCAUAUGGUGAAUGCUGCUGAAAGAAUGGGAGAGAAAUGGCCUUCAACAUAUCCAUGAUUUGAUGACAGGCUCAAGAUGGAUGCUAUAGUAGAAGGGGAACCUGGGACUGGGAUUCGUACUAAUAUUGUCUUGCCUAUUUCACUUCUAUCACCUCCAGUGAAAGAAAUGAUGACAGUCAUCAUGAAGAUUUCCAUUCCAUCCUCUUCUGCUUCUUCAGGGGAAGAACGUGACUGGUACCUCCAGAAACUUGGAGCCUUAGCAGAGGUUUCCAGUGCUUAUAUUGACAGAGUGAAGAGCUUCAAUGAUGAAGAAUUUAGUGAUUGUGUUGCAUGGACAGGAAAGGAGAGCACUCACAUACUCUUGCAGUGUAGAAGGGAUGCUCAGACAGGAGGAGUGCAGUCUCUUCUCUCACUCCUUCUGGUCUCCAGUCACCUAGAGAGGGCUCUGGGAAAUGUCUACUGGCAGAUGGAUAGGUCAGUACCAAUUCAUAUGAGAGAUCUCCUUAGCAGUCCACAUUUAAAAGCCAUCUUUGAACCUGAUUUGAUGGAGAUGCUUCAAGUAUUGGUGGGACCACCUGUUUCAUUGAAUCUGAGAAAUCUAGUAUGGCAUGGGUUCCUCUCCCCAUCAGAAGCAUAUCCUGUUUUGCCUCUAUUACUCAUCCAUGCCAUUAUGGAACUCGGAUCUUCACUACAGAGACACACUGACAUAAAUAUCAUUCCAAGACCUCCAGCUGUGGUUUCUUCUGAAAUUCCUUCAUGCCCUACUCUUGAUCUACAAGUAUAUCUCAAAGAUAUACUUUCAUCUCCUUAUGUGAUGUCAGAGAUGAAAUGUAUUUGGCUGGCUGCCUGUGAAUAUGCAUUGAGCCAAAGGUAUGGAGAGAGCAUCAUCCUCCUGCUGCCACAGUUAGAAUGUAGUCUCCGAAUCCUUUAUUGUGAGGUGAAUGGUUUACCUGGAAGAAUCAUUACUGCUGAGCAAGAUUCUCUUUAUUUGACUUUUGAUGAAAUGAUGCUGAGACCCAAGAAGCUUGCCAGGCUUCUCCCAUCGAACAUUAUGGAAAUGCUGUUGGAUCUGUUAAUCUAUCCAGAAGGCCCUCGGAUUCGAGACAGGAUCAGUCACGCAGAGUUGGAUCUCAUCAAGAACUGCCUCCUCAUAUUCAUGCCUUUGUAG